ACCUAAGAGCCAACGAUGAGUUACUUAACCAUUUCCCAUAUCUCCUCCAUCCUCUUCUUCAUCAUCCUUUUCGUUUCUGCCCAUGCAGCUCGCUUCGAGAUCCGCAAUGAGUGUUCCUACACUGUGUGGGCGGCAGCCUCUCCUGGUGGUGGUCGUCGCCUAAAUCCGUCUCAAAGUUGGACAAUCAACGUGCCUGCUGGCACUGCCAUGGCUCGUAUCUGGGGUCGAACCAAUUGCAAUUUCGAUGGCAGUGGUAGGGGUCGAUGCCAAACCGGUGACUGUGGUGGACUCCUACAGUGCCAAGGCUGGGGUUCUCCUCCAAACACCCUGGCCGAAUACGCACUUAACCAAUUCGGAAACUUGGAUUUCUAUGAUUCUCUAGUUGAUGGUUUCAACAUCCCCAUGGUGUUUGGUCCGACUAGCGGCGGUUGUCACAAUAUCCGGUGCACCGCAGACAUCAACGGGCAGUGCCCGAAUCAGUUAAGGGCUCCCGGUGGGUGUAAUAAUCCAUGCACGGUGUUUAAAACCAACGAGUAUUGUUGCACUCAAGGGCAGGGAAGCUGUAGUCCGACGUUUUUCUCGAGGUUUUUCAAGACACGGUGCCCUGAUGCGUACAGUUAUCCUCAGGAUGAUCCUACGAGCACCUUUACUUGCCCUGGUGGUGCUAAUUACAGGGUUGUGUUUUGCCCCCGAGGCUCGCCUCAUCUGGAAAUGGUCGGAAGCAAGAGCCAAGAAGAGUAAAGGGGUUAUCCCUUGGAGCAGUUUAUCACCAGCUGGGAAUAAAAAUAAAAAGUUACGAUAAUGAACCUGUUGUUGUAUUUGUACGGUGGAUGUGUUUGUGUUUGAUGUAAGAGCAAAAAACAAAUAAAGAUAAUCCUUAUAUUGCAAAAUGAAUCUGGGUUUCA